CAAGAUCCGCGAUAGCGAAGUAAGGCUACCUUUCCUGUUUGCUCUGCGUCUUGGAUUAGAUUUUAUCUUUACGUUACACAUAUUACCAGAUGUAUCUGCGACAUUCGCCGAAAGCUCGGGCAUUGUAAUUUCGGAAAAGUAUUUGUGCGGCUUCUAGGCCUACGUAGGCGACGCCGAAACUCGCUCCCACUGACUCUCGGUGUGCGAUUUUGAAAGGCGCAGUAUGUCUGCCACUACGAACAGCGCCAGGUUCGAGGAUGAGAUGAACAACAUCCCUCUCGCUGACGAAGAUGCGCAAGAUGAAAGCGACACAUCUGUUUCAGCUGGCAGCGCAAUGGGAACUCAGAGCAUAGAGUCCAUCCCGUCCACAUAUACCAACGGAAGCAGCAGUCCAGCGCUAACCUCACUGGAUCCCGACAUGAGCCCUGAUGAAGCUGAAGAGAAAGCCAGGCUGAUUUCACAAGUACUGGAACUACAAAACACACUUGAUGACCUCUCCCAGCGUGUGGAUAGUGUGAAGGAGGAGAACUUGAAGCUCAAGUCUGAGAAUCAAGUCUUGGGACAAUACAUUGAGAAUCUCAUGUCUGCCUCCAGCGUGUUCCAGUCCACUUCACCAAAGACCAAGAAGAAGUGAACGUAGUGUUCAAAGGCUAGCUGCGUAUGCUGAAGAAAAAAAAACAAGCCACCACUGCUGCUGCUGCUGCUGCUGCUGCUUAAAGACACAUAAAUGGGGAUACAAACUGCUCACAUGAGAACCAGUGCCGCCUUUCCACAGUAGCCAUUACAAGUAUGCUUCGUUGUUGUUUUUUUGAGAUCCAGAUAUCUCUCGUCAUAAGGUCAUCAAAUGCAACAUCUUGUGACUGCAUAUUACAUCAGCAUGGACUUCUCAGCAGGGCAUGUAAUAGGGGUGUGCAAAUACCCAGAACUUGAAAUAACAAAACAGGUAUUCAACUAUUUGAUUAGCUCCUCGAAAAAAUAGUAUUGACUAAAUAAAAAUACAAAUGUUUUCCCAAUAGUUUCCUUGAUACCUUGCCUUGUCGAGUGUACAUCAUGAAACAUGAAAUUGAAGCAAAAAUAAAUUUCAGCCCAUGCCCAGUGAACGACAUGUUUUGUUGCUGAUCUGAAUAGCAGGAAUUUGUAGGCUAAACACAGUCAUCUGCAAUCGAAUGUUGGCUAGAUAUACUAUUUGGCAGUGCAUACUUUUAGGCAUCUGCUUAUAGAUGCAAAUCCAUUAUUCUCUAAUCAGAAUAAAUAUAGAAACUUCAUUGCGACGAAUUUUACGCAAUAGUGGCACAAUCUGCUGCAAGCACUCGAGCUGCUAUUGCUUUUCGCCAGCCAGCUUUUCAGACAGGAUGCAUUUCUUAUUUGGCCAUGAAUGCGAACAAGGCUGCCUUUCUAAACUUUUGCAUUAAUGAAUGCCCACAUACUUGCGAGUGUGAAGAUGCAAUCGAAUGGCUUAGUUAGUUGUUCCUAAUGUUCUCAUUGUGCUUUUAUUCAGACAUACUUUAUGAUCUGAAUUGUCAUGACAAAUUUAUAAAGCUAUUAAUACUAGGAUUCGAAAACUGAUUGGUAUCAGUGGUGACAUGAUCUGUACAUUAAUCAAAAACUUUUUGUGAAAUAUUCUAUUUGAUACUUAUUUGAUCCACUUCUGGCACUAUUCGAUUCGUACUACUCGAUUCUGUUUCAGAAAUCAUUGUUUGCACACCCCUAAUGCCUGGCAACCUGGGUAGGCACCAACAUAUGUUUCUUGUGAAAACCUUUGCUCUCCCCUAAAAACUGACACCCCCCAAAACUUAAAUUCUGUGGUUUUACAUGUCAAAACCAAUAUGGUUAUGAGGCAUGCCAUAGUGGAGGAACUCCAGAUUUUGAUCACCUAAUGUUCCUUAAUGUGCACCCAAAUCUAAGUACAUGGGUGUUUAUUUAAUGUCACCCCAUUGAAAUGGAGUUGCUGCGGCCGGCAGUCAAACCCACAUCCUUGAGCUUAGCAGCACACUUUAGCUGCUAAGCCGCCACAUUGAGUCUGUGAAAACAUGAAAACGAAAUGAACAAAAAUGAGGAAAUUACCAUGUUUUCCUGCAAAACAUUCUGAACUAAAGACUAUGUUCCCAACACAUCUGGUUUUGUUGUGGCUGUGAAUUGCUGGAGUGUGAUUAGAGAGGGAACUUUUUUUACAGAGGAAGAGCGUGUGUCAUCGUUUUCCAUCUUGUCAUUGAGUUAAUGUUGUAUAAGUGAUAUUGCUAGACGUUUUGCUUUAAUUACCGUCUAAACAAGUGCAAAAGCUGAGUGUCUAACCAUGCACAAGAACAUCGGGGAAUGGCGAUUUAGUUUUGCUUGUCCGCAUUCUAACAUUGUGAACCCCAUCGACACAAAAGAAACUGCCUUGCAGUUAAAAACAUAUUUAACCUAAAUGAGUUGGGCCACAGCUGUAGGUUUCUCAUUGUACUUUCUGUAGCAGCCUGUGUUGUGCAUACCAGCCUAUGUGAGCCUACAGGGCUGUCUGGUCCAACAAAAAAUCUGAAUACUUUGAGGAAACAAUCUUUCUGAGUGUGUGGAUCAUGGCUGCACAACUUUUCCCAAGAAGCCGACAGAAAAAGUGGGCGCACUGCUGUCAUGAUGUGGUAUGUCCCAUAACAUGAGAUGGAAGCAGUGCUUAAGAUGGGAGAUUUCUGCACUUGUGAGAAUAAUGAACUUGCAAGCGAACCUCAACUAAACAAAAUGGAGGCGAGUUUGGGACCACAUUCUUGUGCAUGAUUUGACUUGUCAAGCUCUCAUUUCAUUUCUUGGAAUAUUCUGGUUAUGUUGUUCAUAUGUGUUUCCAUAGCAAAAGUAAAGUAAAAAAGCGACCUUCAUAACUGAAUUUUUGUUUUUUUAAAGCAUUGCAAGCAAGAGUCGGUGGUGUAUCUCAAUGUUUGUUGAUAGCAAGCACUGCAUAAGUGACCUGAAAAGGCUGAAGGUGUACAAAUGCUAAUGUAAGAUAAGCUUAAACACUGAGUUGAUUACCCUUGCAGUGUCUACCGGCACUGCAUUGAUUCGGUUGCCAUGAGAAUAACGCGUAUUCAUAUAUUUUUCUAAAAUUUGAUAUUGCUUGGUUCUGCAAACAGCGUGCAUCGUCUUAUUUUGUUUCUAAUGGCUCAGGUGUGUAGCAUGCUAGUGGACAAACAUUUCUUUAAAGCUGUAGUAUGUUUCACAUUGACAGCUCCAUUCUAUUAUCAAAUCUAUAAUGUGCAAGCAAUCUUGACACACUUGAUAAAACAUGCCACUAGGUCAGGAUGGUUUGUGCGAUACUGAUCCAUGGGUAACUAUUUCAAAGACUUUCCUUUAUUAUGAACACACCAAAAACAACGAAGUGGCAGAAAUUUCAAGGUAAUUGAGGCUUAUCAUUGCUAUAUCCCAAACACGACAUGACUGUACAGGCUGAACUGAUUUCCGGAGAGUCGUGCAAUGCCAGAGGGAUGAAAUUUAGAUAAAUCUGUGUAGUCAUCAUUCCCAUGCUGGAUCAAAUGCUUUUCUGGCUGUGCAUCUAAACUCUAAAAAUGUUUGCAGCUUGUUCCAAAACAGUAAUAGUCACCUAGUGUACUUGUCUUUCGCUGAUACUUUGCACACAGUAAUUCCAGGUCACAAAUAGUAUGCAUGUUAUCAGCGUGACAUAGCACUCUUGGCAUGAAAGGAGUGAGUGCACAAUUUUUUUACAAAAUUAGGUAAGCAAGAUGGAUGCUGAUUGAUGAUUACUGUUUGGGGGGCAGUAUAGGCCAUGAAGGGUGUAAAUUUCAAUGAAACAGCGUUAAAGGCCCCGUGUCACAGAAAAUUCGCUGGUGUUGUUAUCCAUGAGCAAAAAAUCCCAAUGGAUGCAAAGAAUGCUUGGAUUUGCGCUAAAUUUUUUAAGACAACUCCUGCAAACAAAGUGAAGUAAUUGAGUUGAAAAGAAAAUUUGGGUAAAUUUACGUAAAUGUGAACCGCACGACACGACAGCUUGGUGGUUCGAGCCAAGUAAAGGUGGACCUUGUGAGCAAGUGCGCGCUCCAGCACUGUAUGCCCUAGCGCUGACGUGAUUGCUGCUCCUAGCAGACUCCGCAAGCAGUGGAAGCUUUCCACUCCUGUCUAACGUCACACUCAAAGGCCUCGCUUCCCUCACGGCACAGUUGAGGUGUCCACCAAUAAGUGAAGCAUAGCUAACGUAUGAGAAGGCGAUGCAAAUGGGGCUUGAUAUUAGUGUUCUACUUGUAAAAGCAAAGUUUAAGUAUCCUCCAAGGCUUUUUUUUCUUUUUCUUCUUUAGAAGUGUGACACCAGUGCCUUGUUUUUACUUAUAAAUUUUUGGUGUGAAACUCAAAUGAUAACUGUGACUAGCGUGAAUAUGUUUUCAAACACUUGUAACUAGCUAAGGACACUCCUUGCUGAAAGGUCUCUUCUGGUGUACUAAUGUGCUUUGCUUGUAACUUAAGACACUACAGUACUGUGCUUCAUCGUUCCCUGGUCAGUGUUGUUGCCUAACCAUAGGAAAUGUUGAUGACCACGUUGACAGACAGAAUCAAACCUGAGAUGGCUGGAAUGAAGAUCUGUUCUAUGUCCCAACAAAAUAUCAGUGUUCAAUGGACAAACGUUCUUGGCGACAUAGAAAUAGCUUGGUUAUGGGUGGUGAGUGGGUUAGGCAUGCCAUGAUCCACCUGUGUUGCUUUCGUUCUCCAUAAAAAUCACUUGGUGACGCGUUUUGUUGACGAGUGCGUGCACUGCCUUGCAGUGAAAUGUUAGGUGGGACGUCAUUUAGUGUACCAGUAUCAAGACUAGGCUUGUUGCAUAGGCACCUUGCAUUGAUGAUUUCUACGUUGACAGUAGGAACACUGCCUGAUGAGCAGAGGGAGCAAAUUUGGGAAGGAUGCUAUUGACAUUAGUGAUGACACUAUAGAACACUUGCGAAGGUUGCUCCGACAUUCCGAUGCUUACUGAAUGUUCAUGUGGACGAUUGUGGUGCCAAAGCAUCUUUUAACGUUUGUAAGGUCAUUUUAUUUAUUUAGCAGCCCAAGUAACUGGCAUCAGAGACGGUUGUAAAAAAAAAAAAAAAGGCAUGUGGUUGUUGGCUUGUGCAGGAUGCCUUUAAAAGAAGUCGACUCAUAUUUCUCCCCAUGUGGCAUGCAUCUUUUGCUUAACUUUUGACAGCACUCACCAUCAUGCCUGCGUGCGGAUAGGUGAACCGAGCAAACAAGCAUGCUCACUGAUAAAGAAGGAUGUGUAUGUAAUGAAUGCAGAUCCACCGUUUUUGGAAGGCAUAGCUGUGCAGUAUGACUGCUGUUCUCACAGUUUUCUGACUUUGUUUCUCGACAGUACAUAGAUAUUUUAUUGGUCAUGUGUCGGGUGUAUGCCUUCGUCUUUUCUUUGGAGUGUUCCUUAACAGUGUUAGGACAGUAAGCAGUCUAUCUUUUAAGCAGUUGUAAAAAAAUUGUACCAUCAAGUUGUACUGCCUGUUGACUUGGAUGCUUUUAUAUUUUUAUCGGGAGUCACGCCAAGCAGCUUGUGUGCACGCUGAAUACAGAAUACGCAUGCCAUGCCACUCCUGCUCCACUGGCACAAGUUGUGAUUUUUUUCUACAUCUCGUGCAAAACUUAAAUCUAGUCACGUGACAAUGAGGGCUUCAUUUUGCUGCUGUGUGAUCUCAAUAAAGACCACUACACGCUGCAACCGUUUUUGUUUAUCUUCAUAUAAACAGUUAACAAUUUCCA